CCAAACCAUUUUCUCUUAUUCAUUUGCAUAUAUAGUGAUUGUGAUUCACUCAUUAGCCAUUCGUUGCCCUAUUCUCUCAAAGCAAUGGCCUCAGCUUCAGCAUCUUAUUCCUUUACCAUCAGUGUGCUAUUCCUCAUUUUUGUGCACUUGUCAUGUUUCAUAAACAACCUCAAUGCAAAGCACACCAAUGCCAGCAGUCACAACCAUCAUCACAAACACCAACACACUCAGAAUCCUUCCUUGAACACAAGGCUUCACAUGGCGUUUCUUGGCCUACAAGCAUGGAAGCAAGUGAUCUACUCAGACCCAAAUAACUUCACUUCCAACUGGGUAGGUCCUUCAGUUUGCAACUACACAGGUGUGUUCUGUGCUCCCUCACUUGAUGACCCUAAAGUGACAGUUGUGGCUGGCAUUGACCUUAACUUCGCAGACUUAGCAGGGUUCCUACCCAAUGAAAUAGGCCUUCUAUCAGACCUUGCAGUCCUUCAUCUCAGCAACAACCGUUUCUGUGGAAUCCUCCCAAAGUCCUUCACAAACCUAACUCUACUCUAUGAGCUUGAUCUUAGCAACAACAGAUUUGUAGGACCUUUUCCUUUGGUUGUGUUUUCCCUUCCUUUGCUCAAAUACCUCGACCUUCGCUACAACGAGUUCGAAGGGCCGUUGCCUCCUCAACUCUUCAACAACACCAUUGAUGCAAUCUUUGUUAACAACAACCGCUUCAUAAGCACUAUUCCACCAAACUUAGGAAAAAUCUCAGCUUCUGUCCUUGUCUUUGCCAACAACAAAUUUGGAGGGUGUCUUCCAGAAAGCAUAGUGAACUUUGCUGACACUUUGGAGGAGCUUGUGCUAAUCAACACAAGCUUGUCAGGGUGUUUGCCACAACAACUAGGGUUUCUCUACAAACUAAGAGUGUUGGAUGUGAGUUUCAAUAGCAUUGUUGGCCCUAUACCUUAUAGCCUUUCAGGGUUGUCUCACUUGGAGCAAUUGAAUUUGGGGCAUAACAUGAUGAGUGGCACUGUCCCUGUGGGGGUUUGUGAGUUGCCAAACUUGGCAAACUUCACUUUCUCUUACAACUUCUUCUGUGAGGAAGAGGGUAUUUGUAAGAACUUGACAUCAAAGAGGAUAGUGUUUGAUGAUAGGAGGAACUGUUUGCCAGAGAAGCCAUUGCAGAGGAGUGAAAAGGAAUGCAAGGCAAAACUUGAACACCCAGUUGAUUGCUCUGAGCUUUGUUGUGUUGUUGGGAGCAAUAAUAAUAAUGUCUCUGCUGCUGGCUCAGUGGCUGUUCCACCUGCAGCAGCAGCAAUGCCUGUGUCUGCACCUCUUCUUGCACCAAGCCACCCUUAAGCAAGCGUUUGUUUUUUGUUUUUUGUGUUGAUAUGAAUAGGAAAAAUAAAGUUCAAAUUUGAGUUAGGGAGUCAUUUUGUACAUAUAAAGUGGUUGGUGUGUUAAAUGUGUCUGUAUUCUGUUGUGUCAUGCGUCUUAUUCCUUGUAAAGUGUUUGUAUUUGACAGGAAAUGAGCAAGUUCAUAGAUGUCAUCUCUCGUUAUGUGGAAAUACUAGGUUCAAAGUAGACCACUCUAUCUGGGGCAGAACUUUUAUUAGUAAUUUUAAAAACCGGAUGGUGGUUUAUCGGUGGA